AUGACAACACGAGAGAGAAUUGCGGCGGCAUCGCAACGUGCGCAGCAAAGGCUUGAGGAACAGAGAAAGGAACAGGAACGGAACCUGGUCAAUGGAGGACUUUCUUCUUCCAGUGCGUUUGGUGGUGACCUACGAACUUCAGGAGACGAGGAUGAGCUGCCGGGUCUGUUUGCGGAACGAAACCCAGCACACAUGGCGCAGGCUCUCAAUCCUCGCCCGAGCGCUCGCGCACGAUGGCAGCGACGAAUGGUCAUCCGACACAUCAGGCACGGUGGCCGGCUCAACAAGGAAAUGAAGAUUGCUCGCACGGAGAGGAAUCAUCUUCUUCGGUCACAUUUCUUCAAAACAUCCAUGAAAAAGCUUGCCCCUCUCGCACGUCAGAUUGCAGGCAAACCCAUCGAUGAAGCAAUUCUGCAGAUGAGGUUUUCUAAAAAGAAGGUUGCACAAGAAGUCCGACAGCAUUUAAUUCAGGCCCGGAACGAAGCUAUCGUGAUGAAAGGGAUGGGGUUGCAUCCAGAUUCGGCACCACAAGAUGCGAAACCUAAUCACGAUCCAAGCGAGACAAGGCCUUUGCCCCAUCAGACGCCCAUGAAAACGUACAAAAAGGGGAUCGCUCCGAACGAGACCGACAUUUACGUUGCAGAAGCCUGGACCAAUCGAGGCCCGUAUGGUUCCGAGCCCGACUUCCGUGCCCGAGGCCGAAUGUAUGAGAAACGCCCACCACACACGGGUAUCAGCGUGUUGUUGAAAGAGGAGAAGACAAGAACAAGGCAGGCCGCAGAGAAAGAAGCAAAAGCACUUAGAAAGCGGAUGGGCAAGAAGAUGUGGGUACAUUUACCAGACCGAAAGAUUACGACUCAGCGUCAACAUUUGUUGUGGUAA